GGCCCGCCACCGGGGCCUUAGUGUGGCGGCGGACAGCAACGGCGGCGGGCGGGCUCCUGUCGCAUCCUCACCGAGAGGCACGCGGGACACGGGCGGGCGCGACGCGGCGUGGCGUAGCGUAGCGCGGAGUUGACAGUCGACGGCAGUGACAGCGCGUGCUACCGUUGCUGCUGCUGCGGCUGCUGCGGCGGCGGCGGCGGCCUCACCCCGGGCCGGUGACAGCCUCGGGAUUACCAGCAGACACGAGGUGGAGGGCGGCGGCGGCCGAGGCGGCGGCGGCGGCCCCCACGCGGGUCCGCGGCGCGCGCGCACACAGUAAGGGAAAGCAAACAGAGAAUAAAGCUUUCGCCGGCGUCCGCGGGUCCACAGGUCCACAGGGUGUAAGGGAGAGCCCGCGUGGCGACCACCACCUCCUGACGGUUGCCCCCCGGCGUCAUGCCGGGAGACCAGCAUCUCGUCCUGGGGAUCGACAUCGGCACCACCUCCGUCAAGGUAUGCCUGGUGGUGGCGGGCAAGACGGUGUCGGCGGCGGGCGGCACCGUGGAGGGGGAGGGCGCCAGCGACUGCGGUGCGGUGCUGGCCCGCCAGGCCAAGGACACGGCCGCCGACAUCCGGACCAGCACCCCCAACGGCCACGAGCAGAACGUACCCAAGAUCCUGUCAACCCUGCACAACUGCAUAUCCAGGCUGCCGCGUGACCUUCUCCGGCAGGUGCGCCACAUCGGGCUGUCCGGUCAGAUGCACGGCGUGGUGCUGUGGCAGCAGGCCGCCGGCCAGCGGCUCGUCCUGGAGGAGCUGAUGCAGCCCGACUGCCCGGUGCCCAUGUCGCCGCUCUACACCUGGCAGGACUCCCGCUGCUCGCCGACCUUCCUGCAGGACCUGCCACAGCCCAUCGCCGGCUCCGUGGUGCACUCGGGCUACGGCUGCGCCACGCUCUUCUGGCUCGCCAAGCACCGUCCGGACGAGCUGGAGAGGUUCACGCACGCCGCCACGGUGCAGGACCUGGUGACGGCCAUGCUGUGCGGCCUGGACCGGCCCGCCAUGUCGGUGCAGACGGCGGCGAGCUGGGGCUACUGCGACGCGGCCGCCGCCACCUGGGAGGUGGAAAAGCUCACCGAGGCCGGCUUCCCCGUGCGGCUGCUACCCGCCAUCGUGCACUCGGAGCAGAGCGUCGGCACCCUGACCGAGCCCUGGGAGGGCAUCCCCGCCGGCACCAGCGUCGGCAGCGCGCUGGGCGACUUCCAGUGCUCGGUGCUGGGCACCCUGCACGAGGCGCGCGACGCCGUCCUCAACAUCUCCACCUCGGCGCAGAUCGCCUUCGUCCUGCCGGAGGGCUUCCGUCCCGACACCUUAGACUCCAGCUCGGGCCUGUCGCCCGCCGUGCUUUACUUCCCGUACUUUGAGGGUCGCUACCUCGCCGUGGCCGCCUCCAUCAACGGCGGCAACGCCCUCGCCACCUUCAUCCGGAUGCUGCAGCAGUGGACGCUGGACUUGGGCUUUCACGUCCCCCAGUCGGCGCUGUGGGAGAAGGCGGUGGCGCUGGGCCUCGCCGUGAACGAGGACGCGCAGGCGGGGCUGGCCACCGUGAGCCCCACGCUGCUCGGGGAGCGCCACGACCCGUCCAUGCGCGCCGUCGUCAGCAACCUGGACCCGGGCAACCUGGGCCUGGGCGCAGUGUUCCGCGCGCUGUGCAAGGGCGUCGUCAGCAACCUGCACCACAUGAUGCCGCGCGAGGUGUUCGUCCGGCACGGCGUGCAGCGCAUCGUGGGCGGCGGCUCGGCCCUGGUGCGCAACCAGCUGCUGCAGGCCGAGGUGUCGACCGCGUACCAGAUGCCCGUCCACUUCACGCAGAGCGGCGACGCGGCCGUGGGCGCCGCCCUCGCCGCCACCUUCCAGCACCCAGGCUUGCGCCGGUCGCCCUAGAGCGCCCUCUUUUAUAUCUGAUGACUGCUUCCCUUCAUUUCUCAGUACCGGGAAACGGGUAGAAUCUGCAUCCCGUCUUCAAGGGGUCGUAUGCGGGGGUCGCGCUGGUCGCUAGCUUCAACGACUCUAGAUUGCCAAAUCAAGGAGAGCCCAGCAUUUUCUUUCUUUGUUUUUCCAGAAACUGUCCAAUGUCCACGGCAAGUUUCAAUUCAAGGUCUCUAAAACGACUUGGAACCUCAAAGUACCCAUCAGUAUGGGUCAGCCUUGUUGCAAGAUCACUUGCGUAUCCUUAUCACCAGCCAAUAUCAUUUUGCCUGUUAUUUGUAGUCCUUUUAGAAAGGUCUCAGAACUUUGAGAAAAAUGUAAACUCAGGUAAUAUGCAGGUAUUCUGCAGAUAACAGUAGUUUUACAUGAAAACAAAUUGUGAUUUGCUUAACAAGCAAAUGAAAAUCAUUUAAGAGGAACUUCAUUCUUGCCUUUGAAUUUUCCCAUUACAUUUUAUUGUCAAUUGAACACCAAAGAGGCAAAUUUUGUUAUCAAAAAUCAAAUGUUACAAAUUUGUAGGUUAAACUUAUUCAUAAUAGUCCUCUGGCACUGGCACUGACCAUAGCAUUGAUCUGCUCUUCCUUCAUAAUUUUUUGCAUUGCUCAGUUAUUUUAUAAGCUUGGAAAUGGAGAACGUCCAGCACUGACCAUUUUUUUUAGAUAGCAUUUAGCAACACCACCAGUAGCCUUUUGUAAGUUUUAAAUAGUAAUAUAGAUAAUAGAACUACAUUAUGAAAUUCAUUGACACUUGCCAGCUUUGAACCCUUUUUUCUCUGGUUUCAUCAAAAUUGCGCCAUUUUAAGUCGCCUGUUUGCAAAUGUUAUGAUUUAACCCUACAAUGGCCUAUUACUAUCAAUGUUGUUUUCAUAAUAGACCACUUUUGAGCAAAUUUGAGUUUAGAUAGAAAGCAAAACUAUUUUACAUAAAGAAGCGUUUGGAAAACUACCUUACUUAUUGGCUGAGUUCCUGCUGAACAGAAGUUGUUAAAAAUUAUGAAAAAGUGGUUGAUGGUGUAACACCUCCAUCUUCAUCCAUAAUUAAAGAAAGUAAGGUGUAAUAAUGAUGGUCAAUAACCUUGAAGAAGUAGCACUAAUUAGAAACCCCUAGGGACUAGCAACUCAAUAGUCCUUUUUCAAUGGGCCUAACUGUGCUUAUCUCAAGUUUCAAAAUGUUACCCAGGCUAAUAAAAUUACCUAAAAUUACCUUGUUUAAAUUCUUGUAUGUACUGAAGACAUUGACACCAAAUAUUUGUUACCUGGUGAAUAAGUAUGGACCAUGAUCUCAAUUAAUUCUGAAAUAAAAAAUGUUGAGCCAUCAA